AUGUUUCCUGUCAACAGCACCAGCUAUAUUUUCUCCACCUUUCUCGUGACAGGCAUCCCUGGAUUAGAGGCUAUUCACGUCUGGAUUUCCAUACCAUUUACUGUCAUGUUCUUCAUUACUUUGGUGGGUAAUCUGACAAUCUUGAUGGUUAUUUGGAGAGAGCACACACUCCAUGUGCCCAUGUACCUUUUCCUGGCUAUGCUGGCUGCAUCUGACCUGGGUCUGUCUCUCUUCACCUUCCCCACCAUGCUGAGAAUCUUCUGGCUGAAUGCUCGAGAGUUGAGCUUCUCUGCUUGUUUUACUCAGAUGUUCUUCAUUCAUACCUUCCAGGAUUUUGAGUCAGCUGUCAUACUGGCGAUGGCCUUUGACCGGUAUGUGGCCAUUUCUCAUCCAUUGCACUAUUCUUCCAUCCUCACUAAUAGUGUAAUUGCCAGCAUAGGUUUGGCCAUUUUCGUGCGAACCUUAAUUGUACAAGUGCCCCUUCCUAUCCUCUUGAGGAGGUUAUGCUUUUGUCGCUCCAAUGUGCUUUCCCAUUCCUACUGCCUACAUCCUGACAUCAUUAAGCUCUCCUGCUCCAACACUAGGAUCAACAGCAUCUUUGGAUUGUUUGUGGUACUUUCCACCAUGGGACUUGAUUUUCUUCUCAUUCUCCUUUCUUAUGUGCUGAUUCUAAAAACUGUACUAGGCAUUGCGUCUCAUGGUGGCCGUCUAAAGGCCCUCAACACUUGUAUUUCCCACCUGUGUGCUGUGGUCCUCUUUUUCACCCCCAUGAUCUGCCUGUCUAUGUUACACCGCUUUGGCCCAAAACUCCCUUCACACAUUUAUGUGCUCAUGGCCAACAUGCAUUUUCUCAUUCCUCCUGUAAUGAACCCCAUUGUUUAUGUGGUGAAAACAAAGCAAAUACGAGAUAAAAUUCUGAAAGUCUUCACCAUAAAAGGUCCUGGAGAAUCCAGAAUCUCCUUCAUAACAUAG